AUGUGGUGGGAGGGUGGAAAUGAAGUGUAUGAGGGCAGCGGCGAGUUGGGACACGUCUUUGGAAGACAAGGCGCAGGAGAGGGCUCACCGUGACUUCAUGUUUUCAUCCCUCUCCGAAGGGGAUCCACAGACUUGUCGGCCGGGUUUCCCGUCUCUCUGAGUCGGCGGAGGAGUCUCACCGUCCAUCCAAUGUGCGUAAAAGGGCUCCAUUUCCUCACCGUCCUGGCUGGACUCGCAGCUUCAGGCGUGCUGCAGGUCAGCGGGAUGCGUAUCUACACAUCUGGGGAAAUCGAGGCAGUCAAUGGGACAGACGUUCGUCUGAAAUGCACGUUUCAGAGCUCAGCUCCCAUCAACGUCAACCUCGUCGUCAUCUCCUGGACCUUCAGACCCCUCGGACCGGGCCGAGAAGAGUCGGUGUUCCACUUCCAGCAGCGGCCGUAUCCUCCUGUAGAAGGCAUCUUCAGGAAGCGCAUCGUCUGGGCCGGGGAUAUUAACGGCCGCGAUGCCUCCAUCAUAAUUCGAGAGGUCAAGUUCACCUACAACGGCACCUACAUCUGCCAGGUGAAGAACCCGCCGGACGUCCACGGCAGCGUCGGACAGAUUAAACUCCGCGUCGUCACCACAGCUUCCUUCUCCGAGCUUCUCCUCCUGGCGCUGGCCAUCGGAGGCGGCAUCGCUGUGGUGGUCAUCCUCCUCAUCAUCAUCGUGUCCUGCAGGAGGUGCAGUAAGCGGAGACAGAGGCAGAUGGAGGGGAACGAAGAGGCGCCCCGCAAAGAGAGAAAAGACCCCACCGCGUGCCACCCAUCGAGGGCCAUCCACCUCUACCUAUCAGAGACGUCCGUAGAGAUUGACAGUUCAGACGGCAUGAUCUCAGACCCCAGCACCCCCAGCUCGAGCUCCUCAGAGGACGAGGGCCCGAGCUCAGACGACGAGGACGACGAUGACGACUCCGACUGAAGAGGUGGGGACAGAACGGGGAGACGGAAACGCUGAUGUGAAGUCAGCCAGGGGUCUUGCUGAAGGGAAACCCGGACGGCACCUGUGGAUCCCACUCUUCAGUCGAGUGGAGGCUGGAUGAUGAAGGAAGAGCUGCUUGCGAGCGCAUUGUUCAAGACUGUGAGGAGAAGUUUCCAAACAAGAGCAAAGAGAUGAUCCCUCUGACAAGAAGCUGGAUCAAAAGUCGAGUAACUUUACUUUUCAGAGAGUCCAGAAAUAUUCGCACGAGGGAAGAAAUGCUGAAUCCUGAAGCUGGCUUGGCGGCUGUCCUGAAGGGUAAAGGGGUCAAUAAUUGUCUGUUGGUUUAGACAUGAAUCUUGUUAAGUAUAGGAAGUCAAUACCAGAAUCAGCUGCAGCAAGCAAUCGAUUUCAUUGACGAUAUUGGCAUGUUUCUAUGUAGAGUAAGGAAAGCGGUUGCUGCCAUGAUGAGCCAUAAACAGAUCUUUAUCUUUCUAAGGGUGCCUGCAGCUUUUAAAACCAACUUUCCUGUUAACUUGUGUGGGAUCAUCUGUAGUUACGUUUUACAGCUAGAAGUCAUUCUGAACAAUGUAGGUCUUGCAUUUCAGUCAUUAAGCACAUCACUGUGAUAUCUGCCUGUCUGUGAGUACUCGUUAAAGGUGGCUCCAUCCUACACAUGUAGGCUGAGGUGCUCACAAUAUGUCACACCAGAUUGCUUUGAUAAAAAAAAGGUAUAAAUGUGAUGUUGCUGCCAUUAAGUCUGAAGGCCAAAUCCUUGAUCAGUGAGCGAGCGACUGCAUGCAGGCACCUGCCCUGAACGUCGUGUGGGAGCAACACAGUCAGAUCUGAAAACCCUUUGAUUGCAAAAUGUCCUUGAGAGCCUGUUUUCCUCUCCUGUGAAUGCAUCACGUCUACUAACAAAUGACUGUACUGCUGUCUUUCGUCCUUGCAUGACAGAGUUUUUACUUGUGUUUUAAUACUGAGCAGUAUGUUUAAAGACUUUCACUAGUUUUUUUUAGGUAAUGCCAGAAAUAUUUUAUCAUGUUGUUUAAAAGUGUCACCGUAUGUGUUUGUUAUAGAGCUUUUAUAAAAGAUUUUCUAAUAAAAAUGCCUUUAAAGCCCGA